AGGCAACAGACGGGCUACUAAACUGGUCAAACAGCGAGUGUAAAAAUGCAUAAGCUGAAGUCUUCGCAGAGGGACAAGGUACGGCAGUUCAUGUCCUUUACACAGGCUGGGGAGAAGACAGCUGUGUACUGCCUCACACAGAAUGACUGGAAACUAGAAGUUGCGACGGAUAACUACUUUCAAAAUCCAGAGCUUUACUGUAAAGAAUCCAUGAAAACAUCAGUGGACCGGAAAAAGCUGGAACAACUUUACAAUCGCUAUAAAGAUCCCCAGGAUGAGAAUAAGAUUGGUAUUGAUGGGAUCCAGCAGUUUUGUGACGACCUCUCGCUGGAUCCAGCCAGCAUCACCGUGCUGGUCGUUGCGUGGAAGUUUCACGCCGCCACUCAGUGCGAGUUCACUAAGAAGGAGUUUAUGGAUGGAAUGACAGAGCUGGGGUGUGACAGUCCAGAAAAACUGAAAGCCAUUUUGCCAAGAUUAGAGCAGGAGCUUAAAGACAGUGGGAAGUUCAAAGACUUCUACCAAUUCACUUUUAACUUUGCCAAAAAUCCUGGACAGAAAGGUCUCGAUUUAGAGAUGGCCGUAGCCUACUGGAACCUGGUUCUGUUGGGACGAUUUAAGUUCCUCGAUCUUUGGAAUAGAUUUCUUUUGGAACAUCAUAAACGAUCCAUCCCAAAGGAUACAUGGAACUUAUUGUUGGACUUUGGUAACAUGAUUGCAGACGACAUGUCAAACUAUGACGAGGAAGGUGCGUGGCCCGUCCUUAUAGAUGAUUUUGUGGAAUUUGCUCGACCGAUUGUUACAGGAUCAAAACGUAAAACUCUCUAAAUCUAAUCCAAACUCUGGAACACCGGAACAUUGUUUCUUUUACAGCGACUUCAUAGUUUUUUUUUGGUCUUGUUGUUUUUUUUUUGUUUCUUUGUUUUUGUUUUUUAAGACUUGUACAAUACAAAAAAGUGAAAACUGUAGACUUCAGAGAGAAAUCAAGCACUUGAAACUGUCAGGAGUCCGUGGUUCAGGGAGCUGGGGUGGAACCUGCGAGAACAACUGGCCACGUUUGCUGUCCUCUUGAGUCUGAGGCAUCGUAUGGACAUUGCCAGAUUCUCGGUACCCUGGACGCCCACCCCUCACCCCUGCGCUCUGCUCCAGGAGGAGCACAAAGAGGACGCGGCUCUGAGAGGAGGUUCACCCGCUGCGUCUGCUCCCAACGGACUGGACAGAGGAAAGCUGUGUUUUAAGAUUCUUCCUAGUCAUCUUUGAAUAUUCGAAGCUCUGAGUGACUGUGCAAACAUCCCAUGUCUUACUCCAACCUCGGGACCGAGUGCUCACGACACCAGCACCAACAGAACUGUUGCAGUUUUUAACUGUACAUACUGUAUCUAAAUGGGACGGUUUACAAAGAGAGCUAUAAGAAGAAUAAUAUAAAUAUGAUCCGUUUAUAAAUGCAAAAGAUGAUUGUUUUAUGUACAGUAAAUGCUAAGCUCUCUAACGGGAUGCCUCAAUAUCGUGGAAGAUGCGCUGUUGGUUUAAUCGUUUGGUGGAAUUGUGAGCAUCUCAUCAAAAGCAUGUUAAAACUCGUUUUACGUCACCUCAGACUGGUUUAGAAAUAAAUUGUCACUAAAAGGCCGUGCUUUAAUUUAGCUAAUCAGUAUUGAUUUGUGUACUCAUUUGUCUGAAUAAUCUCAGUUAGGAGUGGCUGUAAAUGUAAUAUAGUUACGUCUUUUCCACUCUUUCUUUAAAAAAAAACUUUUAUUUUUUUUAUUCAGGUAAUUGAGGAUUUGUUUCCCCACACACACACAAGUGAAAGCAUUUAAUUCCACUUUAAAUUAAGAGAUGACCAACUUUUGGGAUUGCAUGGCACACGUACGUGUAUGUUCCGCGGCGAGGAGUCGACACAGUUCAGUCGGGACACUGGGGGGGCGAUAACAGGACGACAGAGGAAGCCUUAAGAUUAAAAACCUGUCUAACAUUCACGCUCCUGUUCCACCCCGUCUGCUCAGUGUUUCUGAAGGAAGUGAACGUCAGACUUUUACUGUUCAUCAUGUAAGUAGCAUAAGUAUAUCGCUCAUCAAAGAAAGGUGAAUAAAGCAUGAGUUUUUCCAUAA